GUUGAACCGGCGAAAGAAUAUCGACUUGAAAAUCAUCUUCAUGUACUCUGAAGAAUGUUUGAGGUUUUAUGGAACAGAAUUAAAAGUCUGAAUGCUAAUAAUGUGAUAUUUGUGGUGCUAUGCUGCAUCAUUGCAUACCUGUUCCGCGCCAAUGACUCAUAUAUACUGAAGCCAGUGUGGCGUAAACGUGUGGAGACCCAGGCUUAUGCUAACUCAGAAUUCCCUACAAGGCGGGACCGCCUUCCACCUCCAGUAAUCACUGAUCUUGAAAGUGAUGGAGUCAAUGAGAUCCUCCUCAUAUCAAGUGAUUUCAAACUUUCCUCUCUGGCACUCCCAAAUGUUACAGAGACAGAUGAAGAUGAUCAAACGCUCCCACAUGUCAUAGUCAAACACAAGGUUGCACUCUCAUUGGCUGAUGAAGCCAAUGGUUGGAGGAGCAGACCAGUUGUCAUGGAGACAGGAUUCACUGUACCAUAUUUGUCUCUUAUGCAAAUACGAAAGCAGAUAAUUGUCAUUGUCACUGAUGAUUGGCAUGUCUUGUGCUACGACUCAGAACUGCAGUUGCUAUGGAAGAAAAAGUUAAUGGAUAUAAGUCAUGUGAAGGAUUCUUACAUCGUUAAGGACAUGGGGGUCAUCAUCACAUCCCACAAGGUCAGGAAGGAUGACCAUGGCCUUGUCAUUAUUGGGGGCAGUUUUACACACAAAACACAUGGGAAAGUUGUUACAUACAAUGAGACGGACAAUGAAACAGAACACACUACAGAAGACAACACAUUGACACACUUCUCCUCAUUUGCGCUUAACGGCAUUGAUGGUACAAUUCGGUGGCAUCACCUCCCAGGCGACUUCGGAGAACCUAUCGCAGAUGUGAAGGACAUCCAUGGUGACCACCACUGGAAGCUUGCACUGAAGCGUCAUCGCCUACAUGUCGGUGAAUCUCCCUGGAACCUAUACCGUGAUGAACUUCUCUCCUACCUGCCAUUUGGUUGGCAGUCCAUGGAUGACACCAAACUGACCCUGGGACGUUUCCAGAAAAAGGGAGAUGUGUUACCUGACUCCCCCGAUGGUGAGCGGUCACGUCUUGCCCUGACACCUGAACAUGUGAUGGGUUAUACCUAUGGAGGCCAUCGCCCACACAGUGACCAUGAACAUGUAGUCAAUCCGAAUGCUGUUGUAAUUCAUAACCAUAAUGGCCUAGAGGUGCUGAACCUUCUGACAGGUCGCCCCAUCACAGAAUUUCCUCUCCCUCCUGACAGAUCUUUGUACGUAGACAUAGACAAUGAUGGUAACCAUGAGAAACUAGUAUGGGGUCAGGCAGCAGGUGUACGACCAUGUCACAUAGAGAUAUGGCGCCUUCAGCCAGUCAAGGAGAAAAUUAACCAACUGGCAGUGUGUCGACUAACUCGAGUCUUCUUCACCACCUCCUGGAUGUAUGAUGAGGACAGCCUGCAGAAAGUACCACCAGUCAUCAUAGAAAGUAUUGCUAAAAAGUCUGGGUUUUUCCGUUACCUGCUGGGUCACCAUCUACCAACGGGGAAGAAGGAAUACGACGUCAUCACAACUGGGGGCAUGGCACGGGUCUCUUCAUUUGAUAAGGAGGGCAAUGUUAACUGGCAGGUGCAGACAUCUUUCCGCUGGUCGGAGGCAGCCAUGGAGAUACGUUCAGCACAGCAGUCCAACCCCUCUCAGUACAAAGAAUUCACCAAGUCCUUCCGCCCUAGCACAAUACUUACAUCCAUACAAGUGUCCGACAAAAAGAAUGUCCUAGCCCUGGCUGCAUACAAAGGCUUCUCAUUGGUUGACCUAGUAGGUGGUCGACUAUUGGCUGAGCAUUCGUUACCAUGCCUACCUACAGCACCAAUUGUGGCAGGAGAUUUUGACAAUGAUGGUCUAACAGACUUCAUAGUAACUUGUAAAAUGGGGUACCUGGGAUUCACACUGCACCAUCACACUAACCACACCUACACUGUCCUGUAUGCUGUUGCUGUCUUCUUCACCAUCCUCCUCCUCUCCUGGUUCUGUACUCCGGAGAAUUAUUAUGAUGAAGAGGAUGAUGACCACAUAGAACUCCCUAAUGACGACUGAACAAAGACAACAUUUCCAAUGGAGGAUACAGAAACAUCUGACCUGAUCAGAAAAGAUGAACAGCGACCAUAUGAUGGGAGAUUUGUGAAAUAAAUCCAGGCCAGAAAACAAAGGAAAUUGACUGAUCAGUUAUACAUUGUACUGUGAUACAUUAAAACAGAAGGAUUACCAGCAAAACAAUAGUUAUCCAUGCUGUACUGUCCUACUGGGAAAUCACUAGCAGUCUGACACUAUACCUGGCUUCAUCAAAUGUAAACAACAGGCAAUAUGGAAUCUGCUAAGGUAUUGCCAAUUUCCUGUGCACUCAUCGAACGAACCAUUUGAUAAGAUCAGGAAUGUUUUGUAGACAGGUAACUGCUUAGAAAAUAGUAAGUGUUAUCACAUUACAUACUGCUGUCGGUUAUAGGGUACUGUAGAAUUCUUUAAAUUCACUCUCAACUAAUCUUGUGUAGGUGUGAAAAGGCAGCUUCUGUGAGUUUGUCAUUAUUUAUAUGGACCAUUGGGUACAUUGAACUGAGGUUACAUAUACAUGUUUUACCUGACCAAUGUAAGUAUGUAAGUGCCUGUCUGGAAAAGUUGUGGGUAUUUAUCCUGUCUGACAAUGUGAAUGACUGUUUUAUAGGAACAAAUUCCUUCCUGAUGAAUUGUGUGAGUAGUUUUUUUGGUGUGUUUUGCUGAUUGAUGCCUGCAGAUGAUUAGUGAACAAAAUUCAAGGUCACCAUUAAGGUGAAGCUGUGAGGUUACGCAAUAUCAACAUUGUGAAGCUUGAAGUACUUUGAUUGAAUAUUGAAUUAUUUCUGAGGAUAACAAGCCAUUUGAUCCUUUGAAGUCAAUAUUAUCAAAAUACUGAAUCAUUUCCAUGCAGUACUUGCCAGUUGAACAUUUUAGGUCAAUACAUAUAGCUGUACACCGGGAAGCAUAAUCUAUGUCAGAAUGGAGUGUAAGAACCUAUUAAGUCUAUCAAAAGUUCUACUGGUUAUCUUAGGUACACAUAUACCACAAUAUUAACCAUUUAUUACCUAAAAAUAGGUUAUUUCUUGUUUGCAAUACUUGCUACAUGUAUGGAUGAAUUAGAAGGUUUUGUUUUAUUAUGUGCAAGAACAAGUUGGAAUUUUUUGUUUCAAUGCAUGAAUGGAUGAAUUGAAAGUUCUCGUUUCUUUACAUGUAAGAAUGAGCUGGAAAUUUUUGUUUUAAUAAAAUCUCUAAAUUGA